AUGUCUAGAAACCAAAAUAAACAUAACAAAUAUCAAAUUGAACAUUCCAAUAUGAAGAAAAUACAUAAAAAUAAAAAUAAAAAUUCCAAUUCAAUACUCAUAGAUACCAAACUUCCUACACUACUUCCAUAUUUCUUUUCUUCCAACACUAUGGAUUACGGUAUAAAUCUUAUCUUGGACAAACAUUCGUUUAAAACGAAUACGCUGAAGAUAGAAAACUACCCCUCAAUAGGAUCUGAAUUCGACUCGGUGAUUAUGUCAAACCAAUGGGGAAAUAUUUUAAGAGAUAACAGUAUAUGUGAUAAGCAAGAGUUCCCGAUAUUAAAAAAAUGCCCAGUUACUCUAUGUCAUGAUCACAGUUCUAAUAAUUCUAAACCUUUAUAUUCUUCUAGGGAAGAAGUUAGCAAAACUUCUUCUCUAAGUAAUAAAAACCCCGUGUCUUUUUUAUCCAAUUUCAAUAAACUCAAAUUUCAUCCUAUAUCACCUCCAAAUGAGUCUGAUGACUUGAUAUUAAUUAACAAUGACAUAGUACGUCAAGAACCACUAUCUAACGGCAUCUCUAAUAGAAAUCAAAUGGGAUUUGAAAAUAUAGUAACUCCUCCACUAUAUUUAAAUGAAAGUGACGAUAUCAUAAGCAACACUCAGUCUUCAAUAAAAGAAAAACCUAAGAAAGAGAAAAUAAUUUUAAGGAAGAAAAGGAGAUACAGGAAGAAAACAAUUAUACCGGAAGGUUUUAAAUCAAGCCGUGUCAGUCUGUUAAAGGGGGAUAUUGCUGAACGACGUAAAUACUACUGUCGUGUAUGCGGAAAGGGUUUGACAACUUCAGGUCAUCUUUCGAGACAUUACAGAAUCCAUACAGGAGAAAAAAAGCAUUGUUGUCCGUUUGAAGGUUGUAACCAAAGGUUUAGUAGACGUGAUAAUUGUUCACAACAUUACCAGACUCAUAGAAGAAAUAAAAGUGGGAUUAAUUUAUUGGAAAUUGAUUUAUAA